UUUUAGGUACUUUUAGCAAAUGAUAUUUAUAUUUUAUUUAAUUUCAGCUUUAGACAUGUUUUUGAUAGUCUGUGUUAAUAACAACCGUGAACAUUAGUUGCGUUGUGAACAACUGUAUUUUUAAAAAACAUUAAUGUUGAUUUGCUUAUUGUCAGUUCACGUGAUCUAAUGCAUUAACUAAUAAUGAGACCUUGUUGUAAAGCGUUACCCGUUCUCUCGUCCUCAAAACUAACUUUACCAUGUAAACUAAGAGGUUUCACUGUAGUAGCUGAAUUAACUCAAAUAUUCUCUCUUUAACUUUACACUGAUGUGGACUGAAAACCAAUCAAUGAACGGAGUGUCAUCUGAUUGGACCAAACCCCUCAGAGAUCCUGUAAUUCCAGUCCAGAGAGCUCAAAUUGGCGGCUGUUUUGAGCGUCAACAGUGGAAACAAGGAAAUGAAGCAGACUUGAUGUUGCGGGAGUGGUUUGUUGGUGUUCGCAGCCAACUGCAGAUAAGGAAUGUCUUUAUAUUUAUUUACACACAACACUGUGUAAAAGAGCAUCUGAAAACUUCAGUAAAAAUGAUGAAAAUGUGCAAUCACUGCUGUCAUGAUUGUAUCUAAAUAACUCUCCGAGCCCAGUAGAAAGCCUCGUGUAAAUAUGUUGUUUUACGAAACAACUAGCCUUGAUCAAGUGAUUUGCAGUCGGCCUGCUUGUAUUGUCGUUUUUGAGGAUUUGACCUGUCAGUUAUGAGAACCCAUCAAUAGGGUUUUAAUCAGCAUGCAUCUGGAUUAGACAGAUUGACCCCGCCCAGACAGAGCAUCACUUAAAUAAACCUGACGCUCCGGAGGUCCUGCUCAGUCUUGCAGCGCUUCCCUCCCUCCGCCUUCAUCCCAUUCAUCUCUCGCUCACAGAAGCAGAAUCCCUGGGGAAAAACAGUUAUGGAGUUUUGCCUGAGUGAGAACUUCCAGUUUCUAAACCAGCACAACCUUUUGGAUCCGUCCACCUCUGAUGACCCACCGUCCCCGACAGAUGCACCAGUCAAAGCCGACCCGCUGAGCCCCUCGUUCGGCCUGGACAGCAGCGCGACCCCGUUCAGCCCCGGCAGCACGUCGGACAGCAGCGGCUACAGCGUGUUCUCCCGGAACCCGUCUCUGAACCCGGAUUCCCCCGUCAGCUCCAGCUCCAUCUCGAGCAGCAGCGCUCCGGCUCUCUUCCACCCCGUCGGUCACACAGAGUCCCUCCUCAGCUGCGACUACAUCCCCUCGCUGAACCCCGGGCCCAAGCGCCUGUGUCUGGUCUGCGGGGACUUCGCGUCCGGCUACCACUACGGCGUGGCGUCCUGUGAGGCGUGCAAAGCCUUCUUCAAAAGAACCAUUCAAGGAAACAUUGAGUACAGUUGUCCUGUAGUGAAUGACUGUGAGAUCACCAAGAGACGGAGGAAGUCAUGCCAAGCCUGCCGUUUCCAGAAGUGCCUGCGUGCCGGCAUGAUGAGAGAGGGUGUGCGCAUGGACCGCGUGAGAGGAGGUCGACAGAAGUACAAGCGCAGAGUGGAUUCAGCACUUUCUCUCUUCACCAAAACACCUUACGCACAUCCAAGCAAAUCAAUCAGAAACAAAGUGAUCUCUCAGCUGCUCGUGUCUGAACCGGCUCCUCUGAGAGCUGCCCCUGACCCCUCGACCCCUGACAGUGACCUUAAAACGCUGCUAACCUUAUGUGACCUUUUAAACAGGGAGCUCCUGGUUAUGAUUGGCUGGGCAAAACACAUACCAGGUUUCACUGGGCUCUCUUUGGUGGAUCAGAUGGCUUUGCUCCAGAGCGGCUGGAUGGAGACGCUGGUGCUGAACGUGGUGUGGAGAUCUCAGGGCUCGGCCGACGAGCUGCAGUUUGCGGAGAACCUGCGUCUGAACGAGAGCCAGAGCAGAGCCGCGGGACUGCACGAUCUCUACACGGCCCUCAGACAUCUCACCUCCAAAUACCAACAGAUGGGCCUGAACCAGGAGGAGAUGCUCACGCUCAAAGCCAUGUCUCUGGCCAACUCAGACGCAGAGAACGUGGAGGGCGCAGACGCCGUGCAGUGUUUCCAGGACGCGCUCCACGAGGCCCUGCAGGAGUACGAGAGCGGCCAGCGGCCGUCCGAGCCUCAUCGCGCCGGGAGGCUCCUCAUGACGCUGCCGCUGCUGAGACAGACGGCCCACCGCGCCGUACGCUGCUUCAGCCGGCUGCACACGGAGGGCCACGUCCCCAUGCACAAACUCUUCCUGGAGAUGCUGGACGCCAAGAUCUAGACUGGGACAGUGUGGACUGAGAGGCUGAUGAUGUUGUUAUAAAGCAGCUGAACCGUCACGUGGAGGUCAGGGUCACGUCCAGAGUGACGUUUAACGCAAAAAGCAGCUCUUCGGAGUUUGGCAGCUAAACUGCACUUGAUGACGAGAGGUUAAAGGGUUAGUUCACCCAAAAAUGAAAAUAAUGUCAUUUAUUACUCACCCUCAUGUCGUUACAAACCCUUAAGACCUUCGUUCAUCUUCAGAACACAAAUUAAGAUAUUUAAUAUUGAACCCGGAGUCACUGCACUGUUUACAACAGACAGAGAAGAAAUUGUUGAAUGAAGUCGUUAUUUUUGUUCGUUUUUGUUCUCUUCGCUUUAUAACAUUAAGAUUGAACCAUGGACUAUUUUAACAAUGUCUUUACUACUUUUCUGGACCUUGAAUUUGGUUAUGACUCAAUCGGAUGUCAUAAAUUGCGUAUAGGGAGAUCAGAAAGCGCUCGGAUUUCAUCAAAAAUAUCUUAAUUUGUGUUCUGAAGAUGAUCGACGGUCUUACAGGUGUGGAACGACAUGAGGGUGAGUAAUUAAUGACAGAAAUGUUCAUUUUUGGGUGAAGUAAUCCUUUAAUAUCACUCUCCGUCUCACUGAAGCACAAUCUUUUACUAUUUAUUUGAUUUACACAAGAUUCAUGGAGAUUACCGUUUUAUAAGGUGUUGGCAAUAGUAUAGUUUUUUUUUGUUUUUUAGGAUUUUACAUGAUAUCAAUAUUUUUCAAUUUUUUUGUUCUGUAGAUUUUAUUUUGUCUAGAUUUGGGAAUUUGGUUAUCAAUAUCAAAGACGCAAUAUAUUUCUGCAAAACAGCUCCAGCGAUCAGCAUCAUAAACUCUCUGUAGUCUGCAGCACAUUGUCAAGCCUUUCUGUUUAUCGUCUAAUUUAUUACGAGUACCAUCUGCUGUUAUUUAUAUGAAAAUAAAUUAUUUUUUUUGGAAAUUA